AGGAGUUGUUAUGGUAACAUCAGUAUCCUCUAACGCUAUAACAGGCAAAGAUCAUCUGAUUUGCAAGUGGGAUGAAAUACGUUUACAUCUGUUUAGCUGGUCGCUAGCGUCAACACAGUUGUAUUAAUUUUUAAUUUGUAAUGGAGGGAGCUGAGUCGGGAGCUAACACCUAUCUCAUCAGGCCAAAUUACCAGCACAAGUUCAAGGCAGGAGUUGUGAAGGAGUGCAUUCGGGAGAUUUUGAGGGAUAAUCUCACAGGUCUAAAGUACGACCCGCAACAGAGUCCUAUUUUAUCCAAAACACUAGCAGACACUAUUAAAGAGAAACUUAAGGAAGUGGGAUUUGAACGUUACAAGAUGGUUGUACAAGUCGUGCUUGGGGAGCAACGAGGAGAAGGCGUCAAGAUGGCUGCUCGCUGUUUCUGGGAUGCAGACACAGACAGCUACGCUCAGGAUAUAUUCAUGAACGAGAGCCUGUUCUGCGUGGCGGCCGCGUUUGGAAGCUACUACUACUGAGCACAGGACGAGGACGCCACAGGCCCAGUGGAUCUGCGAGCCUGCUGUGGGAGUGGAGAGGAGGACGAAGCUUCCCAGCCGUCGCGCCGCUGUCUGGACACGCGCAUGUGGCCUAGAGAACUGCGCCUGGAGGCGUGCGUGCUCAGCAGAAGGGUUUAGUAGCGGACGCAAGGAACAGAGGACAUGAACUUGGCCUGUGUCUGGGUCACUGUUCUGGCAAGCUUCAACUUCAUUUAGAAAGAAAGAGACAGAGAUUCUAGAACAAAACCUAGACGGUUAUUUAUGAGUUAAACAUAGAAAAAUAUUGUCAGGUCAUGUGAUUCAUACCAUAUACAAUCAAUCUUUAUUCCAGCAGUGUUUGCAAUGUUGAAUAAAAGUUAGUAACAUCCACCUAA